UGAUGCUCUCCCAGUAGGUGCUGAUGGCCAUCAUCUCCUCCUCUUCUCCUCACGGGAAGGAGCCGAGGAGCUGCUCAGAAGGUCUUUAGAAGCUGUGAAGCCACCAGGGUUCCUCCUCUGUAGCGGUGAGGGAGGACCAGGGGGAGUGUCUGACUCAAACUGGACGCGUCACAUUCCUGCAGCACGUUGCCUCGAGGCUUCUCACCGGAACCUGGAACUGAAAAGUAGAGAUGACUUAGAAAUCUCUUCCAGAAGAGACAAAGUGUCUCUGAGGACCAGACAAUGGAGGCGUUUGUGGUCCUGAUCCUUGGACACAUUUCCCAGCAUGCCCUUGGCGUGGCAGUGAAUGAGGGGGAGGAGUCUGUCCUGCUGUCCUGCCACGCACCUACUGUCAACGAUCUGGCCACUUUCACUCCUCUGGUUCUGUUCCUGGUGGCUCUUCUGGUUGUUCUACUGGUUCUGCUACUAGUCACGGCCAUACCAGUAUAUCUCUGGGACAACACCAUCACGGUUUCCAGGGUGGAGGUGAGGGAGGGGGUGUGGUUGGUGAAGCUUCCCUUCAAAUCCAAAGUCCAGCUUCCUGAGGACGCCACGGUCGAGUGGACCCGCUGUGGCCCCGAGCCCAUGAAGGUCCACGAGUACCGGAAAGGCGCCAAUUACCUGGUCAGACAGGACCAAUUUUACUGCGACCGCACAAAGAUGGAAAAGGCGGCACUGACAACCAGAGACCUCAGUCUGACCCUGAGGGACCCUGCUUCAGGGACAGCGGCACCUACAUCUGCACCGUCCACAGGGACAGAGAAGUCGUGACCCAGAGGGUUGUACGACUCAGAGUCACAGUCGUCCACGAGGUGAUGGAGUUCGGGGAACAUGCCAAAUCUUUCACGCUGCCCUUCCAAACUACCGCUCGACUGCCUCAAGAUGCAACGGUGGAGUGGAGGCGAUCCGGGCCCCAAAGCAUGAUGGUCCACAUGUUUAAGGAUGGCCAAAACCAGCCAGACGAACAAGACAGAUAUUACCAUGGUCGCACCAAGAUGAGGGACAACCCACUGCAAAGCAGAGACCUGAGCUUAACCAUUCGUAUCUAUGGCAACAAAGACAGUGGGACCUAUACCUGCACUGUCCACAGGGACGGAGACAUCCUGGCACAGAGAGUAGUGGAGAAUAGAUUUAAAGCAUCGUGUGUAACGGUGGAGGUGGACAAAUGGGUGAAGACCGUCAAGCUGCCUUGGAAAUACACAGCUGACCUACCAGAGGAUGCAUCAGUGGAGUGGUGCUCAUGGGUGAUUGUCCAUCUGUAUCAGAACGGUAAAGACCAGCCUGAGCGGCAGGACCAGAUCUUCAGAGGCCGCACAAACAUGGACAAAGACCCGCUGAGAUCUGGUGAUCUGAGCCUGACCCUGACUAACCUCACUGAGGGAGACUUCGGUAUCUACUCCUGCAAUGUUUUCACCGACAAAGACAUCAUAUGGAACAGAAUAGUGCUGCUCCAGGCUAAAGGUCAUAAGAUGAAGAUGUAAGGCCAAAGAAAAGAGAACCAGAACAUGUGUACUUUAGUAGCAACACAAACUAGGUUUGUUCUGUAAAGUCUGUAUUUGUGUAACAAGCAGAAAUUGACUCAAACAAUAUCACCAAAAAGCAGCACACAGUUUGACGAGCAGGUGCCAGAACUUUGUCCUCUUUGCCACCAGUGGGCGCCGUCUCACUGUCUU